AUGGCUCUUGAACAAUCUUUGGCAGCCCUCUCUUUGGCUACCGUCUCUAGCCCAGACGCUCUUGCCACCAAGACUUUGAUUUUCAAGCCUAAAACCGCCAAAAACGCUGUUCCUGUUCCAGUGUUGGUCUUCGCUUUGGCUUCAACUGAAACUCCAUCGAAGGUGAUCGCUUCCGCUGCUGGUGUGAAGGAGCCAAGAUUGGCUCGUGAUGACUUGAUCCAAGAGUUUUUCUCCACUUCUUCUAAGGAGGUCUCUAUUGCCAACUUGAACGCUUCUUUGGCAGGCAAAAUCAAGCUUUUGGUCGACUCUGCUGUCUUGGCCGCUGAAGAUUCCAUCUUGGAGUUGUCCACAGAGCUGGCCAAGGCCCAGUUGCCAGCAAAGACCCUUGUAGACUUCAUCAACUCCACCGGUAUUGAGGUGACAUCUGUUGACUUCGCCGCUGAGGCUUCCGCCGCUCCUGCUGCUGCCCCAACUCAAAAGGCUGAGGUUGCAAAGAAAGACAAGUCUGCCGGUAAGAUCGAAGAUGCCAAGUUGAUUGGUAUUACUGUUGACAAGGUAAAGGAUUUCUCCUCUUGGUACUCUCAAAUCGUUACCAAGGGUGAGAUGUUGGACUACUAUGAUGUCUCUGGUUGUUACAUCUUGAGACCAAACUCUUACUUCGUUUGGGAGGAAAUUCAGAACUGGUUCAACAUCGAAAUCAAGAAGUUGGGUGUCCAGAACUCUUACUUCCCAAUGUUCGUCUCUCAAAGAGUCUUGGAGAAGGAGAAGGACCACAUUGAGGGUUUCGCUCCAGAGGUCGCUUGGGUCACUCGUGCUGGCUCUUCCGAAUUGGAGGAGCACAUUGCCAUUAGACCAACAUCUGAAACCGUCAUGUACCCAUACUAUGCCAAGUGGAUCAGAUCUCACCGUGACUUGCCAUUGAGAUUGAACCAAUGGAACUCUGUCGUCAGAUGGGAGUUCAAGCACCCUCAACCAUUCUUGAGAACCAGAGAGUUCUUGUGGCAAGAGGGCCACACUGCACACUUGUCUCAAGAAGGUGCUAUGGAGGAGGUUGACCAAAUUUUGGAGCUCUACAAGCGUAUCUACGAAGAAUUGUUAGCUGUCCCAGUCAUCAAGGGUAAGAAGACCGAGAACGAGAAGUUUGCCGGAGCUGCCUACACCACUACCUGUGAGGGUUUCAUUGCCGCCACCGGUAGAGGUAUCCAAGGUGCCACUUCCCACCACUUGGGAACCAACUUCUCUAAGAUGUUCAACAUCUCUGUUGAGAACCCAGACGGACCAGAGGGUUCCAGAGUGCAUGCUUUCCAAAACUCUUGGGGUUUGUCCACUCGUUCCUUGGGUGUCAUGAUCAUGACUCACUCGGACAACAAGGGUUUGGUUUUGCCUCCAAGAGUUGCUCAAACCCAGGUGACUAUCGUUCCUGUUGGUUUGACUGCCAAGACCACCAAGGAAGAGAGAGAGGCUAUCAACUCUGGUGCUAAGUCCGUUGAGCAAAGCUUGCGCGAUGCUGGCCUCAGAGUUAUUGCUGACUACAGAGACAACUACUCUCCUGGUUGGAAGUUUGCCGAUGCUGAAUUGAAGGGUGUGCCAUUGCGUGUUGAAUUUGGUCCUAAGGACUUGGCUGCCGGCAGAGUCACUGCUGUUAGAAGAGACAACAGCAAGAAGUACGAGGUCGGCUUGACUGAAUUGGCUACUAGAAUCCCUGAGAUUUUGGAGGAAAUGCAGGUUGAGAUGUUGGAGAAUGCUCGUGCUGAUUUCGACAAGCACAGAAUUGUUGUCGACGAGUGGAAGGACUUUGUCCCAACUUUGAAUGCCAAGAAUGUCAUCUUGUCUCCAUGGUGUGGUGUUCCAGAGUGUGAGGACGACAUUAAGGAUUCUUCUGCAACUAAGGAUGAUGGUGAGGAAGCUGAACAAGAUGAGAGAGCUCCAUCCAUGGGUGCUAAGUCGUUGUGUAUUCCAAACGACCAACCAACGUUGAAGGAGGGACAGAAGUGUGUUAGAUGUGACAAGCCUGCCAUUCAAUACUGUAUGUUUGGUAGAUCUUACUAA